AUGAAGGGGAAAGCAAAUGUAUUAUAAAUGCAAACUCAAUCGCAAAAUAUUUCAAUACAAAAUUCUACUGUCUUUAAUGAUAGCUAAAGAAUUCAGAUGGAUUUGAGUAAAGUAACUAAAAAAUCAACAAGAUAGGCAGUGCUGAAAAAUUAAAAGCCAAAGGGCAUCCCCUAGUUUUCAUCUAAAACUAGCAGUAGUAUGAGCGAAAAUAUAGAAGAUGAUGAUGAGAUAGAGAAUUAUACUGGUCCAAAGAAGCCAAACUAGGAGUUCAGCAAUUCUAAGAUUGUGACUGGAGCUGCAUCGACUUACAUAGCCUAAGAAAUAGGGCAAUCUCCUGAAAACAACAACAGCAGCAAUAGCAAAUUUAAAGUCUUAUUAAACAAAAGCAGCAACUUGAUAGAGAUUAACGAUAAAAUUAGGAAAUUUGAGCUAGACACCUCAAGCACUCAUAACAUGAUCAAGCACGAAGGGUUCAGCACUAAUAAGAAUAGCACAAAAAGCAGACCUAAGUAUUAGAUUGAGGAAGAUAGGCCUUUGCAAAUGGAUUCCAAGGGGAAGAGACUUACAAAUAAUUUGAAAUCUAAUACGUUUGAUUCAAAUCAGGUUGGGAAAAUGAAAAGAGUAAGAUCCUAAACUUCCGCUAAAGAAUAUGAAGUUGAUUAAAAAAACGGAGGGCUUUUUCAUCAAUCAAAUUUGCUUCAAUAAAGUUUAUAAUUUGAAUUUGGGGUGCACAAACCAACAAAUAAGCUAUCUUUAGGCUUUAAUCACUUAUUAUCUCCUCACCAUCAAUCAACUUAAUGCUUCAUGACAACUGCUCAUAAAACGAUGAAAAAUCAUAGUGAAUCUUAGCAUGAAAACAUAGACAAUUUAUAUACUUUGAAAAAAGUGCAAUCUAAGGUGAGAGAUAAGAUCGUCCAAUGGAUUGAUUUCCAAAGUACCUCGGCUACCUUCAAUAACAAUGCUCCUUAAGAAGAACAGCCAACUGCAAGUAAUUAAAUAAAGCAGUUGAAUCCUCAGAGUCAUAAUAUAUCAGAAAACAAAGUUAAAGAGGAGGAAAGUAAUUCUGACGGGCUAUUGAAAUUUAGUAAACUGACAUAACUUGCUUUUAAAAAAAGGUUUUAAUUUGGAAGUCCUCCUGAUAAAAUGUCCCUUUAUAAUUAUCCAGUGGUGAACAACGGCUCAUCUCAGAAUAUUAAUGGUGGGAAUUACAGAUCUGGAAACAUUAACAAUAAUAAUUCGAAGGAUUUCUUCAAUGAGGAUAGUUUAUGCAUAACGGAAGAAAAUCGGUUUUAAAAUGAAAUAAAUCCGAUCAAGCUGGCUGAUCUGGACUGGGGAGAUCAGUAUAAACUAGACAAACUUAUGAAGCAGCAAAUAAAGCAGAUACGGGAAGGUAAAUUUGACCCUAACACUUACUUCUACUAUGAUUAAGAGCAGAUUGAAGAGGCUUUUUCAUGGUUUGAGAUUCAAAGAAAGGAUAUGGAGCUGUAUUUAAUGAAACGGAAAUCAUCAGCUGGCCUCGUUCAUUAAAAUUCUAUUGUGAAUUAGUCGUUAAUAGAUUUCGCAAACGCAAACUUCAAGCUAUAAACAAGUGGAACAAUGCUUGGCUUGAAUAAUCAAAGAGGAAUUUCAGUUAUAAUGGGAGGUGGCAUGGAUGCAAAUGAAUAAGAGAAUAUACUCUAGGGUGGCUCUAGCUCAAGUUCUGAUGAUGAAGGAGGUGAUGAAGCUGAAAAAUUCAAAAACACAUUCUUAAACAGUAAAAGUGGGACUAAAUUUAUGUUUUAGUAGGGUAAGAGAAACAGUAAUUUAUUAAUCAAGGCUUCUGAAUAGUACGAUUAAGAGGAAGAUUUUAACAACCUUACUCCUAAAGUUUUAUCAGAUAAUGAUGAUGGUAGUGAUAACGAGAAAAAGAAAGAAAAUAGGUCAUUGCAGCAAUAAACAAGAGGGAAUCUAAAGAUUCUUGAAGAAUUGAUAGAGGAAUCAAGAGAGGAAUCAAUGAGAGGUGACUCUAAUACCCACUUUCAUAUACCUAUUACUCUAGAUUAAGAAAAUAAAGGAGUUGAAGCUAAGAACUUCAAUCUAAAUAUUAACUAUAAUGAGGAUGAGUUGCAAGAAAUAGAUUAAGAUCAAUACACCUAGGGAAUAUAUCUUCCCAUUACAAACAGGCAAUGUGAUUCUGAUAUAUUUGUAAUGUCUAAUACAACUUUUGAUGAAGACCUAGCAAGUAUCAGUUCUAGAAGAGUCUCAGCAGGUAAAUAACCUUAUAAAAAUGAGUACCUUAGUUUUGUGGAUAACAGUUAGGAUCUAUCACAAAUCAAUUAACAAUUCAUUCUGAAUAAGAAGGAAUUGGAUGGCAUAACAAACAAGUUAUUUUUUCAUCAAUAAAACUAAUAAUUACUGCAAAGAAGAUAAAACAAAUAUAAUCAAACUUCACAAGGCAAGCAAAAUGCAAAGUCUAGCUCUAAUUAAAACUCUACUUUAAAUAUAAAUCAAGCUAGCAUGAACAGAAAAAAGAGCAACACUAAGCAAUCUAACAUUAGGAACUAAGAUAAACAGCUAACAUCCUCAAUAUAAACUCUACUUUCAUAGAAUAAUCAAACUCAAGUAUCAACUAAUAUUCAGUCUACCAUUCACGAGAAGAAGUAAUCCCUAACUAAAUUCUCUAAUUAUGUUUCAUCCAGUAACAAUCUAUCGCCAACUCCACAGAUACAGACUACAUCUUUCCACCAAUAUAAGAAUAGUUAAAAACAAAAAUCUAAUUUUAACAAUAAUAAUGGUAACAACAAUUUAUUUCAGAGUUAGUACAAUUCAGUUAGUUCAAUCAACAUGGGUCUGCAUAAUAAAUAGCCAUCAACUGUAUAAAGUAAUAUCUUCAAUAUGAAUAGUGGGCAUUUUUCGAUUCUCUCUAAUAAUAGUAACCACAAUUCAAAUCCAAGUAACAUAUUCAACCCAGUAACCAAUUCAAAUUCUAAGCGGUUUUAAAACAACGGGAAAAGCCAUAGUAAUGAGGACUUUAAUAGACAAGUUAUUGCUAUUAGCACUUAGCUUUUACCUUAUAACGCCUCAAUUCAAAAAAUAACACAUCAUUCUCCUUAGUGCUCUAUCACUAUGAGAACGAAUUUAUCGCCUGGGCCUGGCUAUAAGGUAAAAGAAAGAAACUCCUUAUUUAAUGAAAAAACUACAAGAAAUAAUGGUAUAAAUCAGCAUCUUUCAGAUAGCGAUAUAAGUAGUAGUAAGUUUGUAGUAAUAUCUCAUAAUCAUAAUAAAUGCCAUAACAAAAAUAAUCAGAAUAAGAGAGCGACUAAUCCAUCAAUCUAGGGAGCUACAGCAAGCAAAAACAAGAAAUAUAGUGAUUUUAAGCAAUCUAUGAUGAACAACAGUACAACUAUUGACUCAUUCAAACAGAACAAGCAAAAUAUGACAAUGGGGUCAAGUGAGUUAAAGCAAUCACUUAAUGCAGCUAAGCUUAGAAAGCAAAGAUCUGAUAGUAAAAUGGAUACUUAAAGUUCACUACUCUUUGAUGGAGCUAAUUCAAUGGUUACUUAAAAGCUUCUAGCAUCUAUUAAAUAGAAUGUCAUCAAUAAAAAGCUGUAGGAAUAAACACUUUAAAGUAGUCAGUCUGUCCAUGAUGAAUUCCAAUAACCUCUCCAUUAACUAAAUAGACAAAGAAGCAAAUCUGAAAUUGAAACUAUCUACGAGAUAGGCAAUAAGCAUCAAUAGCUGAUGCUAAAUAAGAAUAAACCGUCAAAUAAAAGGACCUAGCAAAUAUUGGGACCAGCCUCCCCAAGUAAGAGUUUAAAGAAUGUUGGAUUUCCGUAUAAUAAUGGAAAGACCAUGUCUGAUAUAAAUAAAUUUUAUGAGGAGAGAUCAGAGCAUAACACAUCAGUCUACUCUGUUGUGAACAGAGGCCAGAACAUGAGCAUAACCUCCAAGUUCUAGAAUGAUGGAAACCAGUAGUAUCAAAGUGUAGAUAAAUCCUGCAAGACCUUUGAUAUCACAACCUAGAGCUAAGGGAGCAUGGCUCAUUUAUACAAUCCAAGAUAGCAGUAAUCUAUAUCUGGCAGUGGGGUUUUGAAAGAGCCUUCAAUUAUCCAUCAUAGUAAACUAGAGAUUUAAACAAAUGAAACAAGCAAUUCUCCUCAAACCAAAGACUAAAAACGCUAAAGACAGCUGUCCAACUAGCAAGCAUUGAAGUUGAAUUUCGGUAUCUAGCCUUAGCUUGUAAAGAAAUAUCAAUCACCAACUGCUGUAUUAUCUUAAAGCUAUCAUCUAUCAGGGGGUUUCAAUUAAUCAGGAAAUUCCAGUACCAAAAGAAAUGAAUCUUAGCUCUUUAACAAUAGUUCUAUUGUAAACAAUAGCAAUCCCUAAUCGUAGAAUAAGCAAUCAACCAGUCAGCUAAAUGAAAAGUCAAAGCAAUAGCAGUUCUCAGUUAUGAAGUAGAGGAUAGUCAAGAGUCCAAACAAAAAAAGUAUGAUGAUUUUGAACUCGUCCAUUGGCUCAAACAGCAACAAUAUGUCACUGAUUGGGGCAGCAAACGCUUUCGCUGCUAGUAAGUUAGACUUUUAGAUUCUCGAAUAUAGCGAUUCAAAAAAAUGA